GUUGGGGUUCUGCAGUUGUUACUGCAGUCCGGGGCUGACAUAGAUUUGACUGAUGGUGAAGGCAAGACACCCCUUGCUGCGGCAGCCAGUUGUGGCUUUGUGGAGCCUGUACGUUUGCUGUUAGAUGCUUCUGCAAAUGUGCUUUCUGCAGAUCGGUACGGCGACACAGCCCUAAUUGGAGCAUCUCGCGUGGGCCAUUCCGAAAUAGUCAGUUUGCUUCUGGAUGCUGGGGCUGACCGGAGCGUUGCUAACAACAAUGGUGCUGCAGCUCUUCAUGUGGCAUCGAUUGGAGGCCAUGAGGAGGUUGUUGGCUUGUUGUUGCCGGUUGGCAUCGAUCUUUUCGACAGAUAUGGCAAGACUGCCCUUCACUGGGGGGCACACGCUGGUCACGAUGGAGUCGUGCGUUUGUUGUUGCGCGCGGGUGGUGAUGUAAGCAAGGUUGACAAUCGAGGCAAGACUGCGUUCCUGGAGGCAUCUUCCCGAGGAUGGUCCAGGACAGCACAGCUGCUGUUGCCAAUGGUGUGUGACAAGGACCUGGCAGAUAAUUUUGGCAGGACAGCUCUUCAUUGGGCUGCAUUUCAAGGUGACCAGGAGCUGGCAUGCAUGUUGUUGACAGCACAAGCUGACGCGAAUUUGAGGGACUUGGGUGGCGCAACAGCCCUGCAUGUCGCAGCUUUGCGAGGCCGUAUUGAAGUCAUGCGUUGGCUUCUGCUUGCAGGCGGUGACGCGAACUUGGCUGACUGCAACGGAAGGACGCCUCUUUUUACGGCAUCUAAAUUGGGACAUUCCGACACUGCAAGCUUACUCUUGGAGGCGCGAGCUUCAACUGACUUUGCUGACGAAGACGGUGGGACAGCUCUGCAAUGGGCAUCCUUCGCUGGCCAUGAGAAU